AUGUCAUCUUGCAAAUCAUGUCCCACUCCAGUUGACACUAAACCAAAGCUCAACUCCAAUGCCAACACUCCAUAUGAAGAUCCAUCCUUAUACCGUAGUCUUGUCGGUGCUCUUCAAUAUCUUACUUUCACAAGACCAGAUAUCUCGUAUGCAGUGCAACAGAUAUGUUUAUUUAUGCAUGACCCAGUGGACGACCACAUGCAAGCUCUUCAACGCAUUCUACGCUACAUUCGGGGUACUAGUCACUACUAUUUACAUCUUUAUCCAUCAUAUAUUACAUCACUGAUUUCUUAUACAGAUGCUGAUUGGGGUGGAUGUCCCGACACUAGACGGUCUACAUCAGGUUAUUGUGUUUUCCUUGGAGACAACUUACUCUCAUGGUCCUCUAAGCGCCAGCCUACAUUGUCAUGGUCUAGUUCUGAAGCUGAGUAUCGAGGUGUUGCCAAUGUAGUUUCUGACUCAUGUUGGUUACGUAACCUACUCCUAGAACUACAUUGUCUGAUCCACAAAGCCACUGUAGUAUAUUGUGACAAUGUUAGCGCAAUGUACAAAACAUAUUGA